AUGGCGCGGCUUUGCGCGCUCGGUGCGUGGUUGUGGUUCAGAGGUGCCGUGGCGCAGCAGCCCGAUCUUGAUCUGGGCACGCUUUUCGAAGGCUUGGGUGCGAUGCAAAACACUGGCAAGGGUGGCAAAGGUGCCGCACGUGCAGAUGCCUGCCCUGCCGGCCAGUCUCCCGUCCCGAAGCUGGACCAGCACUCCCGCAUGAUGGCCAACGGUUGCGGUCCACAGGGCCUGGUGAUAAAGGAGCCACAUGGGCUGUUUCGUUGCUGCAACGGCCACGAUGUCUGCUUUUCCGUAUGCGGAACCUCGCACGACUUCUGCGAGGAUCAGUUUUCCAAGUGCAUGCAGGAAGUUUGUCAGAGCCCACUAUCUGGUGAGCAUCAGGAGUGCCAAAAACAGGCACACUCGUUCUCGUCAAUGACCAAAGUCUUUGGAUCAGGCUUUCAUAAAGCCUCUCAGCAAGAUUCAUGCCACUGCGUGCCCGAGGAUGAGGCAGGCAAGAAGCAUCGGGAGUACUUGGAGACCUUCUACCGAUUGUACAACGAGUCCAUGCUUGACACGGACACUCUGGAGCUGCAGCUCUCAAAGUGGAAGGGCAAGGAGGCAGAGCUCUACUUUGAUCUUGUGAAGAAGUACGGUCACCUCUUCGUGCAGUUCGAUGACGUUCCAAAGGAGUUCGUGCAUGUUCCUCAGGUCGCUGUGCACAGCCGAAGCGACCUUUGA